AAUUGAUACUUCCGCUUUGCGAAGGCUGAGUCCAUUUGACGCGAACACACACACCGAUCAAGUUUACUAAGGGCACAGUUUGCUGUUAUUAAGGAUACGAAUGGGUUAACGUGGAAUUAUCUAGUCUUUUAGACUGAAAAAAGAUGACUUCUACUCGAGUUAUUAGCCUAUCAAUACUGAAUGGUCUUCUUGGUGUGUUUGGGACCGUGUUGAACACUACAGUGGUUUUCGUGAUCUUCAAGAACAAAGACCUACGAAAGGGACUAAACCUGUUUAUUUUAAGCCUAUCAUUGGCAGAUCUUCUUAGCAACGUCCUAGCUCAGCCAAUUUACAUCUAUCUACUCGCGCACGGCACGGAAAGCGAUCUUCACAAUUUGAUAAAGGCGUUUCACUUUUUCGCCUUUGUUAGUCUGCACGCUUCCACCAACAAUCUAGCCGCCAUAACGCUGUAUCGAUUGAGAGCGCUCUCUCGCCUCUUCAGACAUCUCAUUCUCAUAUCUAGAAAGCAAACUUGGUGCGCUAUCGUUACCGUUUGGUCAGCAGCAGUCACAAUGGCGGUUUUUUUCGAUAUAGAGCCAGGAAAAUCCGCCGCACCUUAUAUCCAUCUCCUCGUCAUUCUGGCGUGGAUUGGAAGCUAUGCAGGGAUAUACGGGCUUGUGCGCCAACACAAGCAAAGAAUUUCCUCUAAAGAAGGAAUGGUCUCAUGCCCUUUUAUGAUGGCGAACUUGAAAUACGAGAGCGAGGCAGCUAAAACAUCGGCAAUUCUUGUGGGGACGUCUGUUAUCUGUUUCUUUCCCGAUGUGGUAUAUGAACUGCUCGGAGUGGCUGAAAAAACCAGAUUGCAGUGGGCUUACACUUUGCUUUUCGCCAACGCUGUAAUAAAUCCUUGUGUUUUUGUUUGCAGAAGUCAGCAGUUUAGAAGAGCGUUUCGCAAAACGUGCAGAUGUGUAUGAGAUGGGCCAUUAGGGAACAGUAGCCUUUCUUUACAAGAAAAUCUCUGUUUAAUUAAUUCUUUCCGCAGAGGGCCGAAAUAAAGUUUAAAAAAAUUGAUUCGUACCUCGAACACCGGUUGUCUCAAAUAUAUGCAGAUCUAACUUUUAGAAUUCAUGAUAAAAAUUAGACCGAUUGCAGCUUCAUUGGCAAAAAAGGUAAUUAGAACAUAAAUUUCUGUAUUUUUAAUUGUAGCGAAAAAAAAGGUAGAUUAAAAAAAACUUGUAUUACACAAUUUUUUCCUUUAUAGGAAUAGAUUCUUUAUUGUAGGUUGAUCACUAUUCGAAAAUCGCAAGUAAAUAUUGUCAAAAUAAGAAGCGAGUAAAAAUUGAAGCGGUACUUGAUUAUAUAUGUUUUUUGUGAACCACUGGCCAACGGAUGAGCCUAACUCGCUCACAUAUGGCCACGUGGAAGAAAUUUUUCUUAGAACAAAUUCACAUCUAUCUUCAAUAAAGGCUGUGCAACAUUAAA